AUGCUGAACACAGUGGAGGUGGUAAACCAGGACACCUACAGCGCUAUGUUGGCGUCCCAGGGCAUUCUAUCCAGUGUUCCCGAGAUUGACCACUCGCUUUUGGACUUCGAGGCCCCUUCUGAGGAGGAGAUCAAGGAACUAGACGCUCGCCAAGCCAGUUGUAGCUCGACUACGGCUGUCAUUAUUACCAGGACUGACAGAUUCUACGACUGGGACCUCCAGAUGAGUCCUGUCGUGAUCGCCGGUUCCAACAACUUCGACAUUAGUCUCACCUCGACCUACACGGUCACCGACACCAUCACUGUCAACGGUGGUAUUACCCCCACUGUCGUCACAGGCUACCUGACUGCCAACUUUGGCAUCUCUGGCUCCAGAUCAUGGGCUACUGCUCAGGCCAUCAUGGUUAAGGGAACCAUUACCGCCAAGCACACUGGUGUCAUGGUUAACAACCCUUUCAAGACCAGGAGAUAUGGCCGUGUCAUGCGUGGUUGCCUCGGUAGGCAAACUCAGAUCGGAACCUUCAUGAGCGAUGCCUACGAGGAGGGCAGCUACGGUGGUGUGAAGUGGAUUCGCGGAGCCAUCACCCCUUGCGAGAAGCCCGGUGUCCACCGCCCUCUUUCUCGCUGCCAAGGCUCCGGUAACUUCGUCUGA